ACUCAACUCUAAAGGUGCUUCUGUUUCAAUACGCCGGUUUUACGAACAGAUUUGUUUAUAUAAUAUUUAUUGUUUUUCCAAAGGUUAUUUAUUCAUAAAGUGAUGGCAAAAGGAGAAGGAACCGAACAAUAUUCCAACAAUAAUUUAUUAACGAAUAAACCGGUCGACUCAGAUGUGGUCAAAUUAGCUGUGAAGCGUGAACAGAAGAACAGGUUGUCCGUAUGCAACAAGCUGUGCUACGCGGUGGGAGGAGCGCCCUAUCAGAUCACAGGAUGUGCUCUCGGCUUCUUCCUUCAGAUAUACCUAUUGGACGUGGCCCAGUUGGACCCGUUCUAUGCUUCGAUCAUCCUGUUUGUGGGGAGGGCCUGGGACGCUAUAACGGAUCCCACCAUAGGCUUCCUGGUCUCCCGCUCUCCCUGGACACGCUUCGGACGCAUGUUGCCAUGGAUCCUGUUCUCCACUCCUCUAGCCGUGGUCAGUUACUUCCUCAUCUGGUAUGUUCCUGUGUUUGAGGAUGGGAGGGUCAUCUGGUACCUGGUCUUCUACUGCCUCUUCCAGACCCUUCAGACGUGUUUCCAUGUGCCCUACUCGGCUCUCACCAUGUUCAUCAGUGAAGAUCAGAAGGAGAGGGACUCUGCCACUGCUUACAGAAUGACGGUAGAGGUUCUGGGUACUGUGAUUGGCACAGCCGUCCAGGGUCAGAUUGUGGGCAUGGCCAACGCCCCCUGUAUCCCAACGCCCGGUGAUAAUGUCACGGCCGACGGGUUAAACUCCUCCCUGCUGCUGGAACAGGAAGUCAACGCCACGAUCACCACUGUCAUCACCCUGGACCAAACGAAAACGGCCUACAAUAUAGCCUCCGGUGUCAUCUGUUCCAUCUACGUGCUCUGUGCCGUCGUGCUGUUCUUCGGAGUCAAGGAGAAGAAAGAGUCGUCUCGCCCCCGGUCAGAGCGCAUGUCGUUCUGGCAGGGUAUCAGGCUGGUGAUGGGCCAUGGACCUUACGUCAAGCUGGUGAUGGGCUUCCUCUUCACUUCACUGGCUUUCAUGCUACUGGAAGGGAACUUUGCUCUGUUCUGCUGCUACACUCUGGGCUUAAGGAACGACUUCCAGAACAUUCUACUGGUCAUCAUGCUCGCUGCGACGCUCACCAUCCCCUUCUGGCAGUGGUUCCUCACCAAGUUUGGCAAGAAGACAGCUGUGUACAUCGGCAUCUCUUCUGUGAUCCCCUUCAUGAUCCUAGUGGUGUGUGUGAAGAGUAAUCUCAUCAUUACCUACCUCGUGUCAUUCGCUGCCGGGGUCGGAGUCGCUGCUGCCUUCCUGUUGCCAUGGUCCAUGUUGCCAGACGUGGUGGAUGACUUCCAGGUCCAGAACCCAGACUCUCGGGGUCACGAAGCCAUCUUUUAUUCCUUCUACGUCUUCUUCACCAAGUUUGCCUCUGGAAUCUCUCUGGGGAUCUCUACUCUCAGCUUGGAUUUUGCAGGGUAUAUGACUCGAGGUUGCACCCAGCCUGAGAACGUGGAUAUAACCCUGAAGGUUCUGGUCUCCGCGGCACCCAUAGGACUCCUUCUGAUUGGUCUGGUCAUAUUCCGCUCUUAUCCAAUCGACGAAGAGAGGAGGCAGGGCAACAGGAAGCUGCUGCAGGAGCAACGGGAAAAUGAGGCAGACUCCGAAACCGACUCAACAGAACUGACAAACAUGGUGUAGGUUCUAGAACACCCAUGGACCAAUGGCGUGACUGAUUGUUGCUUACACUGGGUGGGGCUAAUGAGGGGGUCUGGACCUAUCACAAAGGCGACACUGCUUCCAUCCAAUCACACUGCUGCUUCAGGUCUCUGAACUUAAAAGGAUCACUAACACAAGGCCGAAACCAGAAAAUGUUUCUAAAACUGCAGUUCCCUAUGGCAAGGAACGACAACAUAUCUUACCCCCCCCCCCCCCCACAAUGGCAAAGGAAGCAUAUGACUGACGGCCUUCCUGGUUUAAGUCCCGCCCACUUCAGCUAUGACACAUUUUCCCAACAGACGUCACCCGCUCGGUUGUCAGUGUUGUUUUGGGUCAAAUCUAAAACGGCAACCCAUUUCCUUGUGCACUACACGGGGCUGUAACUGUAGUGACCUCCAUGGGGGCUUUUUACGGUGUCAUUUGAGAUGUUUUUAAUGUCAAAUUAAUGUUGCACAGGAACCUUAAUGUUAUGGGUACAAUGCAUAGUACUGUUGAUGUAUAUUGCCAUAACUUUAUCUAUCGUAGGUAUAACUUGAAAAUCUCUAAUGACUUUAGACACUGCACUAGAACAAUUUACUACACCCCUCUUUUUCCAGGGUGGAGAUGAAGACUGUCGAAAGCUAAAUAAGAGCCUUUUUAUUCAUUUGAUUUUUUACUGGUAUCGGUUACAAAAGCCAACAUUUUAAAAUAAUAUAUAUAUUUUUUUUGAUUAGAAUAUUUCUACAAAAAUUUUGAAUAUUAAAUGUUUCUACUAAGUGUAUACAGACAGUUUGGUACUGUCUUGACUGGUAGGACUACUGUACUGUCUUGACUGGUAGGACUACUGUACUGUCUUGACUGGUAGGACUACUGUACUGUCUUGACUGGUAGGACUACUGUACUGUCUUGACUGGUAGGACUACUGUACUGUCUUGACUGGUAGGACUACUGUACUGUCUUGACUGGUAGGACUACUGUACUGUCUUGACUGGUAGGACUACUGUACUGUCUUGACUGGUAGGACUACUGUACUGUCUUGACUGGUAGGACUACUGUACUGUCUUGACUGGUAGGACUACUGUACUGUCUUGACUGGUAGGACUACUGUACUGUCUUGACUGGUAGGACUACUGUACUGUCUUGACUGGUAGGACUACUGUACUGUCUUGACUGGUAGGACUACUGUACUGUCUUGACUGGUAGGACUACUGUACUGUCUUGACUGGUAGGACUACUGUACUGUCUUGACUGGUAGGACUACUGUACUGUCUUGACUGGUAGGACUACUGUACUGUCUUGACUGGUAGGACUACUGUACUGUCUUGACUGGUAGGACUACUGUACUGUCUUGACUGGUAGGACUACUGUACUGUCUUGACUGGUAGGACUACUGUACUGUCUUGACUGGUAGGACUACUGUACUGUCUUGACUGGUAGGACUACUGUACUGUCUUGACUGGUAGGACUACUGUACUGUCUUGACUGGUAGGACUACUGUACUGUCUUGACUGGUAGGACUACUGUACUGUCUUGACUGGUAGGACUACUGUACUGUCUUGACUGGUAGGACUACUGUACUGUCUUGACUGGUAGGACUACUGUACUGUCUUGACUGGUAGGACUACUGUACUGUCUUGACUGGUAGGACUACUGUACUGUCUUGACUGGUAGGACUACUGUACUGUCUUGACUGGUAGGACUACUGUACUGUCUUGACUGGUAGGACUACUGUACUGUCUUGACUGGUAGGACUACUGUACUGUCUUGACUGGUAGGACUACUGUACUGUCUUGACUGGUAGGACUACUGUACUGUCUUGACUGGUAGGACUACUGUACUGUCUUGACUGGUAGGACUACUGUACUGUCUUGACUGGUAGGACUACUGUACUGUCUUGACUGGUAGGACUACUGUACUGUCUUGACUGGUAGGACUACUGUACUGUCUUGACUGGUAGGACUACUGUACUGUCUUGACUGGUAGGACUACUGUACUGUCUUGACUGGUAGGACUACUGUACUGUCUUGACUGGUAGGACUACUGUACUGUCUUGACUGGUAGGACUACUGUACUGUCUUGACUGGUAGGACUACUGUACUGUCUUGACUGGUAGGACUACUGUACUGUCUUGACUGGUAGGACUACUGUACUGUCUUGACUGGUAGGACUACUGUACUGUCUUGACUGGUAGGACUCUGACUACUUUGUACUGUCUUGACUGGUAUGACUCUGACUACUUUGUACUGUCUUGACUGUUUGGGCUCUGACUACUUUGUACUGUCUUGACUGUUAGGACUCUGACUACUUUGUACUGUCUUGACUGUUAGGGCUCUGACUACUUAGGUCUCUGACUACUUUGUACUGUCUUGACUGUUUGGGCUCUGACUACUUUACUGUCUUGACUGUUAGGACUCUGACUACUUUGUACUGUCUUGACUGUUAGGGCUCUGACUACUUUGUACUGUCUUGACUGUUAGGGCUCUGACUACUUUGUACUGUCUUGACUGUUAGGGCUCUGACUACUUUGUACUGUCUUGACUGUUAGGGCUCUGACUACUUUAUACUGUCGUGACUGUUAGGGCUCUGACUACUUUAUACUGUCGUGACUGUUAGGUCUCUGACUACUUUAUACUGUCGUGACUGUUAGGACUCUGACUACUUUGUACUGUCUUGACUGUUAGGUCUCUGACUACUUUAUACUGUCGUGACUGUUAGGACUCUGACUACUUUGUACUGUCUUGACUGUUAGGACUCUGACUACUUUAUACUGUCGUGACUGUUAGGGCUCUGACUACUUUAUACUGUCGUGACUGUUAGGUCUCUGACUACUUUAUACUGUCGUGACUGUUAGGUCUCUGACUACUUUAUACUGUCGUGACUGUUAGGACUCUGACUACUUUGUACUGUCUUGACUGUUAGGACUCUGACUACUUUAUACUGUCGUGACUGUUAGGGCUCUGACUACUUAUACUGUCGUGACUGUUAGGGCUCUGACUACUUUAUACUGUCGUGACUGUUAGAUCUCUGACUACUUUAUACUGUCGUGACUGUUAGGACUCUGACUACUUUGUACUGUCUUGACUGUUAGGACUCUGACUACUUUAUACUGUCGUGACUGUUAGGAUUCUGACUACUUUGUACUGUCUUGACUGUUAGGACUCUGACUACUUUAUACUGUCGUGACUGUUAGGACUCUGACUACUUUAUACUGUCGUGACUGUUAGGACUCUGACUACUUUAUACUGUCGUGACUGUUAGGACUCUGACUACUUUAUACUGUCGUGACUGUUAGGACUCUGACUACUUUAUACUGGCGUGACUGUUAGGACUCUGACUACUUUGUACUGUCUUGACUGUUAGGUCUCUGACUACUUAAUACUGUCGUGACUGUUAGGGCUCUGACUACUUUAUACUGUCGUGACUGUUAGAUCUCUGACUACUUUAUACUGUCGUGACUGUUAGGACUCUGACUACUUUAUACUGUCGUGACUGUUAGGACUCUGACUACUUUAUACUGUCGUGACUGUUAGGACUCUGACUACUUUAUACUGUCGUGACUGUUAGGACUCUGACUACUUUAUACUGGCGUGACUGUUAGGACUCUGACUACUUUGUACUGUCUUGACUGUUAGGUCUCUGACUACUUUAUACUGUCGUGACUGUUAGGACUCUGACUACUUAGGACUCUGACUACUCUGUAUUGUCCUAAUCCAGCUGCUUCUGAUGUGUAAUAUAUUGUCGACCUGUUAGUCCCAGUAUCUGCAUACUGUUAAUUCAACACUUUUUUUUUCCCUUUUCUAAAUAUGUACAUAAACAAAACCAACAAUGUCUGCAAUGAGUUAGAUUUGUAUAAUUUACUUCCUUUUAAAACCUUGUCUGCUGUUUGACACACUUCACAAGGAAGUGAGGUCUCUUAUCAAUUUUUGUUUUACAAGUUGUGUGUUUCAUGCAGUUUUGAAACCAUCUCAUAUGUUUCUUUACCCACUUUUCUAUGUGCGGGUUUGUUUUGCACGGUCCAGUGCCCCUGGUGGGUGGAGAUUUCACUUAAGGACCAAUGCAAUGCCCUAAAAUAUACAAACACUGCCUACCCAGAGGCACCGGGCCAUACAAAAUGAACUUGACCAUAAGCAUAUUCAACACGGGCGUAUUCAUUAGGAAAGCAAACAGGGAGGAACCUACCUGAAUUUGUGCAAUAUAAACAUUCCUAGUGCACAAAUGAAUACACCCCAGUGUGGCCCAGAACAGAUUUGGGACCAACUCUGUAGUCUAAUAAACUGGAGGUAAAAGCUGUUUUCAUCACAGCACUUACCUCACCAUUAAACCAGAACCACUAACAGUACAACUGUUAACCAAGCUAUUUCACACAGCCUAUACAAACUAUAUAUAGUAUCACUACAACAGCGUUACUAGUUCAAGACUUAGUGUUGGGUAAAACCAGAACGACAGCUCGUACUAAUCUAGAAAGACUCUUGAAGUAUUUGAGUUACAUUUGAGGCAUGGAUAUUUUUUUUGGGGGGGAAGAAAAAAAAAAUGUCCUGCUUAUAUUCUAGAUUUAUCCUAUUUUUUUUAAAUAACAUUUUUAAAGGUUGCUGUUGCGACUGAAAUGAGUUCUGAAUGAGUACUACAAAGUUACUCCUAUGUGUAUUGGUCUCAAAACCUUUUUAUUUGGAAAGUUAACUGUAUUUCUUAUUCAUUGUAAUUUAUUUUAACAUUUUGAAAUGGUAAAUUCUCAGUCUUGUCUUUUUGUGUAGCUGUGUUUUUUUUGGUGGGGGGGGGGGGGCGGGGCCCCCGAAAAGGCAAGCAAGUCAAAGUAUUUGAAAAUGGGGGGGGGGGGGGGGUAUGAAGUUUGUGUGUUAAUGUACUGAAAGUGUCCACAGGAUGUCAGUUGAAAUUGAUUUACAGACGAAGACCACUAGGCCUAUACAUCAGCUCCAUGGAAGAUAUCAUCUUACACUGAAUUUAUUUUUAUUUUUUUUAACAUGCAAUGAUUUUAAUGAGUUAUAUGAACUGUAUAAGGAAAUCAAGUCAAGUGAAAUAACUGAAUUAGGCCUUAAUCUAUGGAUUUCACAUGACUGGGAAUACAGAUAUGCAUCUGUUGGUCAAAUAUCAACAAGAAAAAAGGUAUAGGCGUGGAUCAGGAAACCAGUCAGUAUUCGGAGUGACCGGCAUUUGCUUCAUGCAGCGCGACACAUCUCCUUCUUGAUCAGGCUGUUGAUUGUGGCCUGUGGAAUGUCGUCCCACUCCUCUUCAAUGGCUGUCGGAAGUUUCUGGAUAUUGGCGGGAACUGGAACACGCUGUCAUACACGUAGAUCCAGAGCAUCCCAAACAUGAUCAAUGGGUUGACAUGUCUGGUUUGUAUGCAGGACAUGGAAGAACUGGGACAUUUUCAGCUUCCAGGAAUGGUGUAACAGAUCCUUGCGACAUGGUGCUGUGCUUUAUCGUGGUGAAACAUGAGGUGAUGGCGGCGGAUGAAUGGCACGACAACGGGCCUCAGGAUCUCAUCACUGUAUCUCUAUGCAUUCAGAUUUGCCAUCGGUAAAAUGCACUUAUGUUCGUUGUCUCUCGUUUAUGCCUGUCCCAUACCAUAACACCACCGCCACCAUGGGGCAUUCUGUUCACAACGUUGACAUCAGCAAACCGCUCGCCCCACACAACGCCAUAAACGCUGUCUGGCAUCUGCCUGUUACAGUUGAAACCAGGAUUCAUCCAUGAAGAGCACACUUCUCUAGCAGCCAUCGAAGGGGAGCAUUUUCCAACUGAAUUUGUUUACGACACCAAACUGCAGUCAGGUCAAGACCCUGGUGAGGACGACGAGCACGCAGAUGAGCUUCCCUGAGAUGGUUUCUGACAGUUUGUGCAGAAAUUAGUUGGUUGUGCAAACCCACAGUUUCAUCAGCUGUCUGGGUGGUUGGUGUCAGACAAUCCCACAGGUGAAGAAGACGGAUGUGGAGGUUCUGGGCCUGCUUGGUCUGCGUUUGUGAGGCCGGUUGGACGGACUGCCAAAUUCUCUAAAGUUUACGGUAGAGAAAUGAACAUUUCAAUUAUUUGUCAACAACCCUGGUGGACAUUUCUGCAGUCAGCCUGCACACUCCCUCAACUUGAGACAUCUGUGGCAUUGUGUCGUUGUGACAAAACUGCACAUUUUAGAGUGACCUUUUUAUUGUGCCCCCCAGCACAAAGUGCACCUGUGUAAUGAUCAUGCUGUUUAAUCAGCUUCUUGAUAUGCCGCACCUGUCAGGUGGAUGGAUUAUCUUGUCAAAGGAUAAAAUGCUCACUAAUAGGGAUGUAAACACAUUUGUAGACAAUGGAACGUUUCUGGGAUCUUUAAUUUCAGCUCAUGAAACAUGAGAUCAACACUUUACAUGAUGCAUUUCUAUUUUUUGUACAGUGUAUUAACAAAGUUAUGUUAUACAUACGGUUUAUAUAUUUACAGACAAUUAUAGUGUUUGAUUUAGCGCAUAAUAGUCUCUCUAGUGGUCACCUAGCUCUGGUCCUAGUUAGAGGACCGGUCUAGUGCCCUGGACCAGAGCUAGUGGACAUCUAGCUCUGGUCCUAGUUAGAGGACCGGUCUAGUGCCCUGGACCAGAGCUAGUGGACGUCUUGUGUGCCAAAAGUGGCUAGAGAGAAGACAAAUCCAACUUCGGUUACCAGAUUUUACCAUUUCUACCUGAUCAGUCUCAUACAAUGAGAAAAACGUGUCAUUGUCCCACACAAUGAUAUCCGUGAGGGGAGUGUGGAUCUGUCUAUCUGUCAUUUGUCACACGCUUUCUGACAGCACUGGGACGAUUUGUGGAUUAAACUUGGGUGAAUGAUGCCUCUUGCCAUAGAGAUCUGACAUUUUACAAAAUUACACUGAUUGGCCCAAGACAGGAGCUAUAUGGUAAUUACCUGAAAUGUCACAUCAGUCACAUUAGUUCAUGUUUACUGUUGUCUUGUUUUUUUCUUAUUUUCUUUUGAUGAAUAUGUUUGGCGAUGACCUUCCUGUUCGACUCAAGGCAGCAGAAGGCAAACGUGUUUAGGCUCUAAAACGAGAAUAGUUUUUAAUAUAACUUACUUCCGCACAGAGCUGUAACAAUGCCUUGUACACACACACAGACACACACACACAGACACACACACACAGACACACACACACAGACACACACACACAGACACACACACACAGACACACACACACAGACACACACACACAGACACACACACACAGACACACACACACACACACACACACACACACAGACACACAGACACACACACACAGACACACACACACACACACAGACACACACACACAGACACACACACACACACCUCCUGUGCAUAAUGUAAAUAAUAUAUGUAAGUAAAAGUUGUAUAUCUGUUGAUAUCCGUGCCAGAAAGUGAUCUGAACGGGUGUUCGAAGUAGUUAUUUAAUAAAUGUUAUACUAAUUGAUGCAG